CAAACUGUCAGGACAGAGAGACCAUUAUUAACUUAGCUAGCUGAACUCAUAUUUUACACAAUUAUAGCUUCCAUGCAUUUAUACUUUAUGUUUACCAUUGUGAAGUUCUGAAAAUGAAGGUAAAUCGUCAAGGCACCUGUUAGAUCCAUCAGGCCUACGCCUAAGUAGUACUCAAAUACUGCAGGCCCUACUUGAGUACAAUUCUGAGGCAUGUGUACUUGAGUGUUUCCGUGUUCUAAUCCACUACUACUUUACUUUGAAAAAUUAAGAUACAAAACAAUAUGGCCUCAUGUAAUCUGAUGCGUUCAAUAAACUACACAACUAUACAAGAGAGAGGCUGGCGUGCAGAGGCUCAGCUGUCACUUCUCAUGGCCUGAGUUCUGUGACGAACGGCGGUGCUUCCAUCAGGAGUUUGUGUAUGACGUCGCUAUGUUCGCCACCGCCCGUGGCUUCCCCUGGUUUAACGUGAUCCGGGCAGCUGUGAUCGCCAAAGGCAUCUUCCCACAGCUGGACGCAGGUCUCGACGUACCCAAACUUUUGUCCUUGCUGAGAGAUGCGCUGUCUGAGUGUUUGCCAAACCUCACCUCUGUCCACCGACGUGAGUUCACCCAGUUCCUCACAGACACCUGCAUCACCCGGCGGAGGCUUCUCCAGGCGGUGGUGGGUGGCGCUGCUAACAUGUCCAUCGCUCAGCUACACUUGGAGGUGCAGUUGCCGCCCACACCUUGUCCUCUAGCACAGUGCACUGUACAUGCGCUGCAGGGCACAGAUCUGCAUGAGUGGGAGCAUCAGCGCCAACAAGCCGAGCUAACGUCUACGUUGCGACAGAUGGAGGAGAGGCUGCGGAGUCUCCGAGAAGGGUCAAGGGUCACUCUGGGGGAGGUUGAUGUUCCUGAGGAUAAUCAACUGGAUGAAGAGGGUGUUUUGGCGUUGGUUCGUGCAGCAGUGAAGGCCACAGAAGGCCAGAUGCUGGCGAGUCUGAACCGAGAGGCCUCCCUGCUCAGUGACAUCCUGCAGCUCAAACUGCAGCGGGCAGCAUUGGCCACCAGAAGGCUCCACAACCCUGCUUACAUCCAGACGCACCCGCAAAGCCAAAGCUGCACACAGCAAAAACAGGACUGAGGGAUUUUGGGAAUGCAGUGUGAGGACAUGGCCUCAGUGAGUAAAGCUAAUUGGAGGAAAACACUGAAAAUCUCAAGUUAUUUAAUGUCACAAUGUUCAACUGUCAUGCUUGUGGAUGCUUACGUUUUUGUUUGUGUGCAUUUCUUGCCAUUUCUGAUCUAAUUCAUUGUCCAGUAUGGGAUUACUGUUCAUCUAAUUAUCCAUUUGUGGGCUACUGCACUGGACAUUUAAAAGCAUUCAUUGUGUCAAUGUAUUGUCAUCAAAAUGCAAUGACAAUAGACUCAAUGUACUAGACUUGUGAUUGGUUACAAAGGAAAGGAGCUAGUUUCAUUCAAAUAUUUAUUAAAAGAAAAAAGUCGUCCUUUUGAUUUGACAGAAAAAGCUGCAAAGAAUAGCAUUAUAAAUAACAUCCAUAUUAAAGAAACAAAAACGAUUUGA